AUGCCACAACAAACUGGUCCCACCAUAAUCAACAACAACAACAACAAUUCAUCAAAUACAGCUAUGCUAGCUCCAAAUCAAAGUGUAACACAAGCUUCGGGAUGUCCACCCCCUGCAGGACAUCCACAAACAGCGGGAUACCCACCCCCUGCAGGACAUCCACCAGCAGCGGGAUACCCACCCCCUGCAGGACAUCCACAAACAGCGGGAUACCCACCCCCUGCAGGACAUCCACAAACAGCGGGAUACCCACCCCCUGCAGGACAUCCACCAGGUGUGGGAUACCCACCCCCUGCAGGACAUCCACAAACAGCGGGAUAUCCACCCCCUGCAGGACAUCCACAAACAGCGGGAUACCCACCCCCUGCAGGACAUCCACCAGGUGUGGGAUGCCCACCCCCUGCAGGACAUCCACAAACAGCGGGAUGCCCACCCCCUGCAGGACAUCCACCAGCAGCGGGUUGCCCACCCCCUGCAGGACAUCCACCAGGUGUGGGAUGCCCAUCCCCUGCAGGACAUCCACCAGCAGCGGGAUGCCCAUCACCUUCCGAAUACACUUCCGAUCUUAAAUAUUCGGCUAUUAACGAACCUUCUGCUCCCCCUCAGGGACCUUUUUUGGAUAACUUAACGUGUUGA